AAUAAUUUAGUAAUUAGUUUUUUUUUUGUGUUGAUAAUACUGUAAUAAUUUAAUAAUUAGUUACUCGAUUAUCUUGGGGUCUGCAAUUCGUCGAGCCACUGACCACUCUCGCCAUAACUGGACUGGACUGAGCUGAGACUCUUCAAGUUUUUGGUCUUUGAUGGAGGAUCAAAAAGGAAGAUAUAGCUAUUGAUAAGACAUUAACUACUGAGAGAACUCAACUGAAUCUGAUAGAUUCGAAACUAUGCGUCGAGAGAUCUCGUUUCUGAUUCAGCCAAGAUGCCUUCUUCUUUUCGUAGUUCUUUCAAUUUUCCUCAUAUUCGCCUUCUCUGCUCCUAAAAGAGAGGAGGAACGUGUGGAGAAAGUGGAAGAGGCUCCUGAAAUAACCCAUAGAGUAUAUCUGGAUAUAGACAUUGAUAAACAACGUUAUGGUAGAAUUGUGAUUGGAUUAUAUGGAAAGGUUGUACCCAAAACUGUUGAAAAUUUUAGGGCGUUGUGCACAGGGGAGAAAGGAAAAGGUGUUCAUGGAAAAAAACUUCACUACAAGGGAUCUCCAUUUCAUCGUAUAAUAUCUGGUUUUGUGAUUCAAGGGGGAGAUAUAAUUCACGGUGAUGGAAGGGGAUACGAAUCCAUUUAUGGUGGCACUUUUCCAGAUGAGAAUUUUAAAACAAAACAUUCACAUGCUGGUGUUGUUUCCAUGGUCAAUUCAGGACCUGAUUCCAAUGGCUCGCAAUUUUUUAUCACCACUGUCAAGGCCAGCUGGUUGGAUGGAGAGCAUGUUGUGUUUGGUAAAGUUAUUCAAGGCAUGGACACUGUGUUUGCCAUUGAAGGUGGAGCUGGAACCUACAGUGGAAAACCCAGGAAGAAGGUGAUUAUUGCUGAUACGGGGGAGAUACCCAAGAGCAAGUGGGAUGAGGAAAAAAGAUGACAAAACCUUAGAGCUUCAAGAUUUUUGUUUUGAGUUUCGUUUGUAGAUUGGCUUUGUUAAUAGCUUAUCUUUGCUCUUUCUAUCAUCCCAUCAGUACAUUUUAUACAAGUUUUGGGCUCUUUCUGUUAGUAUAUAUAAUGAUCGUAACUUAUAUAUUAGGAUAAACAAAUUCUAGUAAUCUCUUUUAGUCAUCUAUUUUUUUAAAAUGAAAUAAAAUAACAUUACAUUUUAUAUGUGA